CCCAAAGUUUUAGUUUGUUGGUGGUGGUGGUGGUGGCAAUGGAGAGAGUGACAGCAACAUCGUCUUCUUCAUCGACUCACCUUAUCCACAAUAUUCUCCGACAUCCCAAACCACCACCGUCUUCGGUCUAUCUCUUCCUUAGACCCUUUUGCUUCUCCGCUUCAAUCUCUCAGUCCAACAAGCCUCGCCUUCAAUCAUUCUCCUCAAAGUCUCUUCCUUCUUCUUCUUCUACCUCACUCGUUGCGAAAUCUUUCUCUUCCAUCGAUGAACCAGAUCUCCAAGAAGACGAAGAGAGCGAGGAUGAAGAAGAUUACAGCGCUCAAGAAUACGAGUACGAAGAAGGAGAAGAAGAUGAGCUGGACAGUGGAGUGGUCUCCUCCGUGAGAGGAAUUGAAGAUUCGGAAUCGGAGAUGGUGGGUUUAGAAGAAGAUAAGGAAGAGAAAACAGAGAAGAUGAAGAAGAAGAAGGCUCGAGGGUCGGGUUUGAAGUUGUCGAUAAAGGAGAAGAAGGAAUUGGCUUCUUACGCUCAUAGUUUGGGUGAUAAGCUGAAAUGUCAACUCGUAGGCAAAUCUGGUGUUACUGAUUCAGUCGUUUUCUCCUUCCUCGAGACUCUCGAGAAGAACGAGCUCUUAAAGGUGAAAAUACGCAAGACAUCACCCGAUGAGCUAGAGGAUGCGGUUCAGCAUUUGGAGGAAGCGACUGGUUCGGUAGCAGUAGGGCAAAUCGGGCGGACUGUGAUAUUGUAUCGGCCUAGUCCAACCAAAAUGAAAGCAGAGGAGAAGAAGAAGGAAGUUGAGAGAAUGUCAAUUAGUAGAAAGCAGAAAUACACAUACACUAGACCCACUAAACCCUUUAGAAGAGAGUAUUCAGAGAGACCUGAUGGACGUGGACGCAGAGGCGGAAGUAGAGUUUCAACGGCUUGAAGUUUUCUACCUGGUUUGUUUGUUAUCAUCUCAACGCUAGUAAUGUAUUUUCAUUUUGUUCAAGAACACAACAAUCACACUGGUCUGUAACUGUAAGCCAAAUCAAAUCAUCUCUUGUUGGGAAGCUUUAACGAUGUUGUGAGCAAGAAAUGCCGAUCAGUGUCGUUGAAGGAACAAGACAAUUUUGAGUAAACAUUUUAUUACGUUGAAACAAACGUGAUUACAGUUAUUUUAUAUUUCCCUGAUUGAA